AUGGCUAUUCACCCUCAGCUUCGGCCUCAGAAUGCACCAGGAACUCUGUCUCCCCAGCAGGCCGUGGCCAUCUCAGCGUGGACAGAGCAAGCCUCGGCUUCGCUCGAGAAUCUGACUCUCUCCGAGUCAAGAUUCGAGGGAACACCAUCAAGAUCAUCACUUUCCGGUCUUCAAGGCGCAAAUGUCUCCAUCUCGAUUCCCCUUGACGAUGAGCCCCCAGCAACUCCAUCGCGUGGCAAGAUCGCUAGCGCCGAGACGCGCCCUCCAACCGUCAGUUUCCGGCGUCGCGAGCCACUACGACGGGCUAGUUCGAAGAGCCGCGAGGCAGUGUUGAAGGGGAAGGAUGGAAGCCGUCGGAGACAGCGAUGGGAGAACGACCGUCUACUACAUAACCCGUGGGCGGAACCUCCUUCCUCCAAGGACUGGGAUAUAACGCCUACUUAUACCCGGCACGAUCCUAUGCCAUAUUAUCUUGCUCCGCUUUGGGACGUUCACUACUCCAAGAUGGCUGACCACGCACCCAAGACCGUUGCCGAGAAGCACCGUGUGCCUAGGGAGCUGCGGACGAAAUUGAAGCAUGCUCGUGCUGCUCGCGGUAUGCUUCAGGAUCUGGAAGAUGACAUCCGUUUGUUCAUCCGCAAGUGGAAUGAGAAGCAGCUGUUCCUUCGAAGUGAGGGUCUACAGGAUGCACCGGAGUCGAGCAGUGACGAGUCCGAAGACGAAAUUGUCUUUGUCGGCCGAAAUGGCCAGAUGCACGAUUCACCGGAGCGGAAGCAGAAGCUCCAGCAGCUUCGUGAAGAGAUGAGCUUGCAUCAUGAGAGAGAUGGCGAGAAGAUGGUCUUUGAGAGUUUAGUUGAGGACCGGUCUGCUGGAUUCGGUCGUUGGCUGGUGCACUCUAUCGCCUCAUACUAUGGUCUACACACCUGGUCUGUUACGGUGGGCGACCCUGCUCGACGGGAAGCCUAUGUGGGCUUCCGUCCACCCACGCCGGGUAGCCGAGCCGGUCUCAUCAGUCAUCCUGCUUGUCGUGCCGAGGAGCUGAUCAAACCGGGCGACGAGCUCCCGCAGCCUCUUUAUACGCUCGUUUAG